AUGCCUGGCUAUUUCCCGAAGGGAAUGGGAUGGCCGAAAAUUGCCAAAACCACGCCUGGUUUGAUUCGUGCUACUGUUUACAAGCACUUGCAUCGGUAUAUGCCCUCUAUGAAUCAGGCAAUUAUCUCGCAGCUGCAGACCCUGGACUUCAAGGAUGGGGAAUGCAACGUCGGCUGUUUUGAUUUGGCAUACUCCAUUGUAGCCCGCAGUGGCAGCUUUGCUCUUGUCGGCUCGCGGCUUUCUCGGAAUGAGGAAUACCUCAAAGCUGUCAAGGACCACAUUCUUGGGAUGAUAGUGACCACUCGGGUACAAUUCCUUGUUCCAGAUUGCUUAAAACCCUACAUCGGUGGGCUCAUCGGUCGCCUGGCCACUCUGGGGACUAGUUGGGAUAUGCACGCCUCGCGUAAGAUCAUGCUAAAGCAUUUUGAUGCACGUGCAGCAGAAUAUCACGCCGAGAUCUUCAGUGGCAACCGAUCCAGUGCGACCAAUCUCGAUGAAUCGGACAAUCCGGUUGAGAUCUUCCAAUGGCUGUAUGAGAGCAGUGUCCUUCGGGAGCGAUGGACAUAUGCAGAGGUGAUAGGCGAAAUGUUGCUUCUGCAAUUUGCCUUUAUCUACACGACGUCCUAUGGACUCUACGGCGCCCUAGCUGAGCUAGCUCGACGACCUGAGUAUAUCACACCCCUGCGCGAGGAAAUUGAUCUGAAUUUCUCUAGAAUGGGACCAACCGUUCCAGCCUGUGAUGGCAUGGUCUUGAUGGAUAGCUUCUUGAAGGAGUGUCAGCGAUUGCAUCCCCCUUCAGCACUCUCUGCCCACCGGGUCUGUGUUAGUGACCUCAAAUUCUCUAACGGAAUCACACUCAAGCAGGGCUCUCAUGUUGCCGUCCCAAGCGGAAUCAUCCAACGAUCCAGCGAGCACUAUACGAACCCGGACGCGUUCGAUGGUUUCCGGUUCGUCAAGCGUGCAGCAAGUGGAGCCAAAGACUCCCGGCUGGUCGACCUGAGCUCUGACUACCUGGUUUUUGGAAUGGGUGCACAUGCCUGUCCUGGACGAUGGAUGGCUAGCGCACUCAUGAAGCUCGCCUUCGCGCAUAUCCUGAGCCAGUAUGACAUACUCCUUCCUAAUUCGACUUCUCUUCCCUUGACUGGCUCGCUUUCGUUCGAGGAGUUUUAUGUGCCCAACUUCGGGCUGAGGAUUGCCCUGCGCCGGCGCUAG